UUUUAUUUAUCGAUUGAGGCACUACGAAGUUUGCCGGGUCAGCUAGUAAUGAAUAAAAGUCUUAUAAUGAUAAGCAGCUCUCAAGAGUUCGCUAUCGGAAAAAGCGGGUUUUCAAUUACCUAUUAAAACUAUUGCGGAUUUAAAUGAUAAAUACGUCUUUAUCGAAAACGAUUAACACAUUAUAGAUUUAUUUUCUUUAAACACAUAGAACAUAAAUUUAAAUCGAAUAAAGUUUGAUUAUUAAUUUUUCGAACAGUUCAUUAACUUCUAACGCUAUCGAUUAAUCAAAAUAAAAUGGGUAUUAACCAGCCCUACUCAAGAUAAUUAUAACACUACCUUUAUCGGUGACGUAGAUUAAUCGUAUUCAUAGUUUCAUUUGGUUAGGAUAAUUAUCUAAAAACACCAACAUAUAACAGUAGAGCGUCUUAAAUAUCGUACGUAUAUAAAGAAAGAAUUUAUAUAAUAAAUUACAUUGAUUCAUUGGUCAUAAACGAACGAUGGCUGGUCUAUUUUUAUUCAUUGCCAUCAGCUUAAUCUCGGUAGUGACUGCAUUACCUAGUCCAAUACAAACAGCUAGUGCGUAUUCCUUCCCUUUCGUAAGCCGAGAGGAGUGGGGUGCAAGGCCAUCGACAGCGUCAUCACCCCUUGGAGUUAGUCCAGUGCCCAUAGUAGUGAUCCAUCACAGCUAUAUUCCCAGAAUAUGCUUAACUCGGGCAAACUGUGAGAGAGAUAUGCGCAACAUGCAGAGAGUGCACCAAGUAACCAAUGGCUGGACAGAUAUCGGAUAUCAUUUUGCUGUCGGCGGUGAAGGAACUGUCUUCGAGGGCCGUGGAUGGAGUACACUUGGAGCUCACACAUACGGCGUCAACACCCGAAGCAUCGGAAUCUUGUUGAUUGGAGAUUUUAUUACUAAUAAACCGCCACAGGCGCAGCUACAAUCCGUCAAGGACCUGAUCGAAGCUGGUGUGAGGCUCGGUCACAUCCGAUCUGAUUACAAACUCGUCGGACACAGACAAGUCACUCCCACUGAAUGCCCUGGACAGAGAUUGUUUGAUGAAAUCUCAAAAUGGGAUCACUUUUCACUUAAUUGGGAUUGAAAUUGAAAAUGAAUACACGAUUACGGACUGAAUAAAGGCUAUUGUUGUUUCAUGAAAA